UAUGUUAGUACGAAAAUACAUUAAAUAGUAAAAGCAUUUCACUCCGGUUCGCUCUCCGCCGUCGCCGCCGGCAGUCUUCGCUGAGAUCAAGACGCCUCUUUGCACAAAUUCUACAUUAUUGCUAGUAAGGUGGGGAAAAAAAUCAAAUCAGAAAAAGAAAAUCAAACAUGAAUCAAGAUAGAGUAAGCCUUGCGGUUGAGGGGGACAUAGAAGAUAGAAUUAGUGUCCUACCAAGAAAUGUUAUUGAUUGUAUUCUUGAGCUCUUGUCUGUUAAAGAAGCUGCAAAAACCUGUACAUUGUCCAAAAGCUGGAGAUACGUUUGGAGCGAGCUUCCAAAAAUGGUGCUGGAUUACGAGUUUUGUGAUGAGUUAAUAGACGAGUCUGAAUCCAAAUUCAGAGAAGUAGUAGAUGGGAUUAUGUUACUGCAUAUGGGCAAGAUUGUGAAGUUUGAUAUUGACGUUAGAGUAGAAGAUUUAGCUUCAUAUACAGCUAUUGAUAGAUGGGUUCUUUAUGUCACCAGAAACAGUGUCAAGAAGCUACACCUUAGAAUUUUUAAUAUUGAUGAUCGUACCUAUACACUGCCUCCUUGUGUAUUUCACUGUUCAACCCUGACACAGUUGAAACUUGCUAGAUGUUCCUUUAAACCACCUGGUUCUUUUCGUGGCUUUCCCAAUCUUGUAACCCUUCGGUUGGCAUCAGUAACCUUUUCAGAGCGUUGUGUUAUCAAGGCCCCUCGUCUUGCUAAUUUGACCUUGAACUGUUGUGAUGGUAUGCAAUACCUAAACAUUGCUUCACCAGUGUUGAAGUCCUUGUAUGUUUGUUACCCUCACUCCUAUAUCGCGCUAAAUUGCUUCAUGAACUGCAAGAAUUUGAGAGAUUUAGGACUUGUGUUUUCCAAAGUGUUUGCUAAUCCAAAACAUGAUCAUAGAUCAACGUUGGUGAAACUUCUUGGUAGCUUGCCUGCACUUGAGGUACUCCUGUUGGAUUCACUUUUCAUUGAGCUUUUGUGUGCAGACGUAGUUCUAUCAACUGGUCCUCCUUUUAUGCUCAACUGUUUACGGAAGCUGUCCCUCUCUGUUGACUUUGGCAAAUUGGGUCAUAUUUCUUGCGUUCUACAAUUAAUUAAGUGUUCGCCCAAUUUGAAUGAACUUGAGAUUAGGGUCAAAGGUACCGAUGAUAAUGUUGAAGCAUUUGUGAAAUGUCUGAAGACGCCUGGCUGCUUGCAACUACCACUCAACAAGCUAGAGUAUGUGAGUUUCUAUGGUUUUGCAAGUCCAAACUGUGUAGAGGUUUUUGCUAUGCUAUUCAUUUUUCAGGCACCAUCUUUGCUAAGGAUUUUCAUUGAACAACCGAUAGGAACUAAAUCCAGUAAAGAAUUGAGUGGUUUACCCAGAGCUUCUCCUAAAGCUGAGCUAGUUAUAAGUUAAAUCGAUACAUUAUCUGAUUGUUGUCGAUAAGUUUAGCUAAUAUGUCACAAAUGUUGAUCCAGUUUUCUUCCAUAUUUACUGUUGGGAAAGUAUGACUGAUGGCAUUCCUGAUAUUCCAAUAUAUCUGAAUCUUCAUCUUUUGACAGUUGAGCUUGUUUUGGUCUCUAUAUCUAUAUACAUGAGGCCAACUAGUAAGAUUACUUUGUGAA